UAACUCUUUACAACUUUGACAAAAUGAUUUCGUAACGUUCAAAACUGGAUGAAACUGGCGUUGUUUAGAGGUAGACCUCCACAGAUUCUGCUAGCUAAGUUUACAAAUCAACUGAUUUAUUUUUCUCGCACAAUGGCAGAGGUUGGUGAUGUCUCAAACAUGCGAGCUCCAUAUCGAAGUCAUGGGGAUGCUUUUGAUGUUGACGAUCUUGUUUCCAGAGAACCAUUUCUACAAUUCAAGAAUUGGUUUGAAGAGGCCAAAUUAGAACCAAAUAUCGAGGAAGCUAAUGCAAUGGCUCUGGCAACAGCAACAAAAGAUGGUCUUCCAUCUGUCAGAAUGGUACUUAUGAAAGGCUUUGACAAGAAUGGAAUUGUGUUUUAUACUAACUACAAUAGCCGAAAAGCUGCAGAGCUGGAAGAAAACCCAAGAUGUUCAUGCAUGUUUUAUUGGGAGCAUUUGAAAAGAAGUAUAAGAGUUGAAGGAUCAGUGUCAAGAUUGUCUAAAGAAAAAUCUGAAGAAUAUUUUAACUCUCGACCAAGACCAAGUCAGCUUGGUGCUUUAAGUAGUAAUCAGGGUAGUGUUGUAGAUAGCAGAAAGACAAUAAGUGAUAGAUUCAAUUCGUUGUCAGAAACUUAUAAAGAUGAAGAUAAGACAAUACCCAAACCUGACUGCUGGGGUGGAUACCUUGUAACUCCAGAUUUGUUCGAGUUUUGGCAAGGACAAACAUCUAGACUUCAUGACAGAAUAAAUUUCAGAAAACUAGCACCCGGAGAGCAAAUUGAUGAGAAAUUAACUCAUAUAGGAGAAGAUGGAUGGGUGUUUGAGCGAUUAGAACCUUAAGUGAAGAACUUGUUACCAGCAUACAUUAUUUUUAAUAAUGGUCUAAAUUGUGAUAGUUUUAAAAUUAUGAAAUUAAUAAAAUUAUUGUCAGCAAAUUUUUAAGUCAAAACAAUCUCCUGUAAGACAUUCAUUUGAGUUUCGGCAAGGCUAAAAAAAAAAAGAAUUUAUUCAAGUAUUCACGUCAGAUGACCAGCAGAUGGAGAACAAGACAAAAAAUAAAAAACAGCUUGUUCAGGAGAGGAUGACUGGAGUUUGCAUUUGAAACUGUGAUUGUAGAAUUUAAAAUUGUCCUGUUGUAUUUUAUGAUUUUCCCAUUGUAAUAGUUUUGUUAAUUUCAAAAAAGGAGGAGGUGCAUUUAGGGGUUGUAUUUGGCCUCAAAAAUGUUAACACUUUUAAUAUAACUACAUUUAUUAAAAUACCAUGAUUCACUUGGAUGUUAACAAUAAUCUAAAACAACAUAUUCCUUAUAAAUGAAAUCUCAACUUAAAAUGAGAAAUGAACUAUACCCUUAAUACACCUUGUUCUUUCAAUGAGUAAAACAAUUUCUUGUUCAACAAUUUGGAAUAAUUGUUAUAUAAAUGUGUUUGAAGUAAAAGUUUGCAUUUUUAAGUCUUGAUUUGAAUAACUUUUAAAAGUAUUUUGUCUUUUUGUCAACAUUUAUCCCAAGUUGAGCCAUAAAUACUAUAUGUUGUUUAUGUAUGAAACCUGAAUUUUUUCAAAGGUGUAUUGAUUCUAGUCUUUUGAAUUUAGAAACACAUUUUUUUGUCAAGGACCAAUUACAACAUUGUUGUCUGUUAUAAUGAUAUUCAAAAGAUUAUUCUGAUUUUUCAAAAAAUAGAAAUCUAAUCAUAAUAUAAUAUUUAAUAUUUGGAAAUUUUGUUUCAGUAAUUGAUUUAAUUUCUGUAGCUUUAAUAUUUUGUUUUCUUUAAUUUUGAUUAAAUUGGUAUAAUAACAAUACCAGUUAUUUUGCAGUGUUUAGUGCAUCCCACUUGAUUUAUAAUCCUUCUAAUUCUAAUUUUAAAAUGAUACAUCCAGGACAUUCCAGGUUAAAUGUUAAUUAUUAUUACUGUGUAAUAGAAAUUGAGACAUGUACAUUUGCAUGUUACUAAAAAAUUACCUUCUGGUAGAAAUGUAUAGAUUUGAGUAAUUUUCAUGUUAAGUACAUGUGACCUUGGAUUAGAAUGACAUAUAUGUAUAAUAUUUUCCUGUAGAAGUAUUUUUUUAAGUAAUUUAUAUAGAGGGUAAAACCAUUGAUCUUUUGUAACAAUGAAUAAACAUAUCACUGAAAUUCCUGUAACUCUUUGUUUAAUCUAGUUUUAUGAUGCCAUUAUAGGUUUUAUUUUUUUGAAACCAGUCAGUUUUAUAGUGCCAAUACAAAUUGCCAUUUUGAAGCCUAUCAGUUUACAGUACCAUUGAAAGUUUCAUUUUUAAAGCCAUGUUCACUAAAGUUAGUAAAUAGUUCUAUUUUUAAUCAUAGUUGAUAAAAAAAAACUUUAAAUUUGAUCAGACUUAUGAUGAAGAUUCCCUGAAGAUUUUGAUAUAGACAAGUGAUUUUAUUGAUCCAGCUUUCACAUUAUAGAAUUGAAGGCAUAUAAAUAAUAAAAUGAUAGAUUUGGAAACGACUUGAAGAAAGUAUGAAAUGCCAUUACCAACUUUUGGCAGUUUUAAAAUAAAUACACUUGCAGAUAUAGUUCCUGCGUAAUUUGUUUGUCUUGAGAGCAAUAGUGCACUAGCUGUUUAACUUAUUAUUUUAAAUCAAAGUUAAAUUAAUUUGUAUGUUGAUAUUUUUUUUACAAUUGCAGGCAAUCGUAAAUUUUAUUUUUACUACUAGUGUUUGGAGUAUUAUUUUGAAUUAUUUUCUUAAAGAAAUAAUGCAGGUCUGUAUUAAAAACCCUUGCAAAAUAUUUGUAACUGUUGCCAUAUUUAUAAGUUGAAACUGAUAAAGAUACUUUAUAACUUCCAAUCAUAAGUUAUGAGAGUACAAUACUCUCUGGAUGUAGAAAAUCUGAGCAAACACUUUUUUUUAAAGAAUCUUUUCUGGCAAGUUGUAAAUUUUAUACAAUUCAAAUUUCAAUUGCCCUAUCUUAAAACUUUAUAAUCUGGCCCUAAGACUUGUUUACUUACAUUUGUAGAAGAGUACAACCCCUACUAAACCAGAAAUUUCAUAUAAUAACAUAAUAUAGAGCAAAUCAGGGUUAACAAAGUUUUUGCAAUAAAACCAUAGAAAGAUGGUAAUUUCUAACUAAGGUUAACAAUGAUUGCAUCAGGGUACCCUAUGAACAAAAUUUCAAACUGAAAAAGGUUCAAGGUCUAAUAACCCAAAAUGUAUUUAUAAAUUUGCUGAAUAGGCAUAUUUAAAAUAGCGGAAAUGACUGUGAUACAACUUUGAAUUUUGGUUCUCUACAAAUCCUGGUUGAACGCCAGGAAUAUAACAAUCAGGAGUAAUAUGUUUGCUCAUUAAUUGAUUUUGGACCUUGGAUUUUUUUUAAAUUCAAUGAAGUUAUGUAAAUUUGAUCCUUCUGUUUGUGUUAAUAAUUUUCAAACUACAAAGAUGUCUUCUUCAAUAAAAAGUUAGCAUGUACAAAUUC